AGCAGAAGCAGGAAGUAGUAGUGAAGCGAUGGAGCAGGAGCUGCUGCUUUGAUCGGACUGAUGUAGAAACCACCGCCUCUGCUUCAGGAUGUGGACCAACCGGAAGUCAGGAGGGCUUCUCCUGAAAGCCGUCAGCCAUUUUCUGAAGCUCCGCUGCGGACCCACCGUCCGCACGCAGUGUCCCCGUAACCCCGCAGCGUCCGGGCCGCCCUGGAGGCUCCUGUUCUUCGGUACCGACCAGUUCGCCGUGGAGUCUCUCAGGCUGCUGACCCUUUGCAGGAAUUCCAGCGAUGGCGUGGUGGAGAAGCUGGAGGUCGUGACCUUACCUGGUGAUCUACCUGUGAAGAGAUUUGCUCAGGAAAACCAGCUGCCUCUCCACAGCUGGCCCCCCCAUGACGUGGAGGGCCAGUUUGAUGUUGGCGUGGUGGUAUCAUUCGGCCGCCUACUUCAUGGCGAACUAAUCGACAAGUUUCCCUAUGGGAUCUUGAACGUUCACCCCAGCCUGCUGCCGAGGUGGAGAGGUCCCGCCCCCGUCUUCCACACCAUCAUGAACGGCGACUCGCUGACUGGAGUCACCAUCAUCCAGAUUCUUCCCAACAAGUUUGACGUUGGCCCCAUCCUAAACCAGGAGCUCCAUCCGGUUCCUAAUCUCUGCAGUGCUGAAGAUCUGGGUGCUGCUCUGGCCACCAGAGGAGCUCAUCUUUUGGUUGUUACGUUACGGAAGCUUCCUGAAAGAAUUGCUAAUAAACGAGAGCAAGGGACGGCGGGUGUAACGUUUGCUCCUAAAGUGAAUAAGAGCAUGAGCUGGAUCAACUGGGAAGAACAGACCUGUGAGCAGAUUGCCUGUUUGUGUCGCGCUAUCGGAUCCAGGAUCCCUGUGAGGACGACAUGGAUGGGGAAAACGGUCAAACUUCUGGACUUUGCUGGGAAAUGCUCUUCUUCAGCUCAGAGGAACCAGCAGCCCGGCUCAGUCUGCUAUGAUAAGGCCUCCAGCUGCCUGGCUGUCCGCUGUAAGGAUGGAUGGGUGGCAUUCAGGACGGUGGUUCUGAACAAAAGACUGACAGCAGCUGAUUUCCAUAAUGGCUACUUGAAUCAGACAAGCAGGAAGAGCGGCUCCAGUAAAGGUGCUGAGGGACAGUUUGUCAGUAGAACAGAUUCAGCUCAGAAGAAGGUUUGGACGGGUCAUUAACACCAAUAAAAGCUUCAUCACCCUGUUAAAUUCCCGUUUUCAGGUUGGUAAUAAGAGGAAAUGUUCCUCAGGAGAUGGACAUUAUGCCAAAUGUGGCCGUUUGAACACAUCCAUGGAAACACUGACUUAUUGUAUGAUAAUAUUUUUAAAUUAAAUGAGUAGUUUUGAAAGUC